AUGAAACUGAAACUGCUUAUUCUUGGCUGUGCUGUUGCGUGCCUGGUGGGGUCUGUCUCGGCAUAUGGUAGACCUUACAGCGACAACAGUGACAUGAGUCCCUACCAAGCAUGUCAGGCCCAAAUCCAAGUUGAAGUUACCUUUUGCGAGACAAAUGUCGGAGGUGGUAGACAUAAGAGGGAAGGGGAAACUAGCAGUGGUGGACAAAGCGGAGGCGAGGGAGGGAAUAAAACUAGCGAGGGGGGCCAGAAUGGACAAAACAGUGGACAAGGUCAAGGUCAAAGCCAAGGCAUGCUGGGUGGCCAGCAACAAAACAACACUCAAGUUGCCAACGGUGGGAGAGGAGGAAAAGGCGGAAGAGGCGGCGGCAAUACUUGCGAUUGCCUCAACCCCAACAGUAUUGCCACAUUGGCAGGCUGUUUGCAAGCAGCGGGAAAAACUUCUAGAAAGUACACGAUGGGCUUGGUGCAAGGUUGCAAGAGAAGUCAAAUAGAUGUGCCCGAGGACUGGUUUGAUGACGCCAUAAAAAGAUUCAACGCCAAUGCCAAAUCAGCUGCUGAAAUCCCCCAUUUCCAAAGAUCAAAAGCCAUCAAUGUUCCUUUCAUCUUGAACCUGUCCAACACCACAUUGUAUCAGGAGUCAUAUAAAAGAUUCUAUGCAAACUAUAACGGGUCAUUGUACUACGGCGCUGGUAUAUUGGCCUACUGGUUCUUGGUGUUACUUUUAGGCGCCGUUUCGUACUGGAGCAAGAUAUUGUUUCCUGGAUUCACCAAGAAAAUGACAAACCCGGUUGUCAAUAUGUGGAGAAAACACGUUACUGUGCCAGCAGCUUUUGGAAGGAAAAAGACUCAGGAACAGCCGUUGUUCAAAGUGUUUGAUUUCUUGAUCCCUUCUCGACUGGAGUCGAUCAUCAUUGCCUUGUUUUAUGGAGUCGUUUUGUUGACGCAUGCCCUCUGUCUGACUGCAGUUGAAAACGAUCCCCGUUUCGGCGGCAGCAAGUACAAAGCCGAGAUCAGAUACGUUGCCGAUCGAUCGGGAAUCACUGCCACCAUGUUUAUGCCGUUGGUUUUCCUAUUUGCCGGAAGAAACAAUUUCUUGCAGUGGGCGACUGGCUGGGACUUUAGCACCUUUAUGGCUUUCCACAGACACACGUCGAGGGCCAUGUUCAUGCUUGUUGUGAUUCACGCGGUUUGUUUCACCAUCGCUUUGGGUUCAAGGUACUCGAACUCAGUCAAGAGAUGGUAUUUUAUUUGGGGAAUUGUUGCCACCGUCGCAGGAGGUAUCAUCAUGGUCCAAGGAAUGCUUUUCCUUCGCAGAAGAUGGUAUGAAAUUUUUUUGCUCAUACACAUUGCAAUGGCCGUGCUCUGGGUAGUUGGUACCUGGUACCAUGUUAAGGAUUUGGGUUACAUACAAUUGGUUUACCCUACUGUUGCAAUCUGGGGCGUCGACAGGGUGGUGCGGAUUCUUCGUUUGUUCUACUUUGGCUUCCCCAGGUCGGAUGUUUACUUAUUGGCCGACGAAACUUUGAAAGUCGUUGUGCCAAAGCCCAAAUCGUGGAAGUCGAUCCCUGGUGGACAUGCUUUCAUCCAUUUUUUGAAGCCAACCUAUUUCUGGCAAUCGCACCCAUUCACAUUCACGGACUCCGUGGAGGAGGAAAGCUGCAUAGUGUUGUACUGUAAAGUCAAGGGCGGCAUCACCCAUAGCUUGUACAAGCAAUUAUGUGCUGCUCCAGACAGGGCUUGCAAAAUGCGAGUAGCGGUCGAAGGCCCUUACGGCGAGUCAACUCCUGCCAAAUACGCAGACACUGCUGUGUUUAUUGCUGGUGGUAAUGGUAUUCCUGGAAUCUACUCCGAGGUGUUUGACAUUGCAAAGAGAAGCGGUCAUCACCACCAAAACGACCGCCAGCAGUCGUUGAAGUUGAUCUGGGUUGUCAGAGAGUGGAGGUCGUUGUACUGGUUCUACCAAGAGUUGUUGAGCUUAAAAUCCACAAACAUUGAAACCACUAUCUACGUCACCCAGGCCUCGAGCCGUACGUUGAUGGAAGAUUUCAACAGCAAGUUUGCUGGAUCGGCGAGAAUUUCAGAAGAUUUGGGUGAAAAAUCAGAGUCGGUGGAAGAAGUAACGAAACUCGAAGAGAGCUCUUGUGACGAAAAAUCCGCCACGCUGUCGCUAGUGUCAUCGGUGAAGAAAGAGCUCAAUCAUAUCGAGUUUCGAGAGGGGAGACCCGAUAUUUCCACAAUUGUGCCCGAGGCAAUUCACGAAUCGCAUGGAUCUGUUGCAUUUGUAACUUGUGGCCACUCAGCCAUGGUUGAUCAGAUUCGUUAUUACUGUGCUGAAAACGUAGACAACGAGGAAAGGAAGAGAGUUGACUUUUACGAACAGGUUCAAGUCUGGGCGUAG